GUCAGUAAUUGUAGAACUACAAGUGCUUCUAUAUGGUUGAUCCACACCAGAUCAGUCCAGCCUCUCUCUCGCUUCACAAUGAACUUCAGCAGGAGGAAAGAUAAACCUACCAUGCACAACCCUGAGGCUCUGGUGAAUAAUCAUAUAGCCUACAGUGCUAAGUUUUUGGGAAUCACAGAGGUUGACCAACCAAAAGGCACCGAUGUUGUUCGAACAGCUGUGAGGAAACUAAAGUUUCAGAGGCAUAUUAAAAAGUCAGAGGGUGAAAAAGUUCCCAAAGUUGAGCUGCAGAUCUCCAUAUAUGGUAUAAAAAUACUGGAUCCAAAAACAAAGGAUGUUCAACAUAACUGCCAGUUGUAUAGGAUGUCUUUCUGUGCUGAUGAUAAAACGGACAAGCGAAUCUUUGCCUACAUCUGCACCGAGCCUGACACCAAGAGGCACUUGUGCUACGUGUUCGACAGUGAGAAAUGUGCGGAAGAGAUUACCCUUGCCAUUGGACAGGCAUUUGACCUGGCAUAUAAAAAGUUCCUGGAGUCGGGAGGAAAAGAUGUAGAAACAAGAAAACAGAUAGGAAACUUACAGAAACGGAUUCAGGAUUUGGAAACAGAGAAUUCAAAGCUCAAAAAGCAACUCCAGGACCUGGAGGAGCAGCUCAGCUGUGCACAGUCAUCAUCCGCUUACAUGUUAUCAUCCAUGCUUUCCUGCUCUGCUGAGAAUUUCACCUCACUAUCCUCUUUCGAGAUUUCUUCCGUCACGCUAACGCCUGUCAGUUCACCUGAUUCCAACCAAUCAGUAGGCCUGCUCACGCCGCCCACUGCUAAACCGAACCUCCUUCUGCCAAUCCCUGGCUCCAGUAUUCCUCGACCUUGUGCUGGAAGUUUCCCAGUAAAAAUGCCCUCUACAGACCUAUUUGACAUGGUGCCAUUCACUCCCGAAUCUUCUGUGUUAGAGAUGCCAGUGUGUAAUGGUACACCAACUCUAACUUCACUGUCUCCCAAGAACAAAUGUAUAGAUCUGUUUGGAGCUGUUCCUUUUGACCCUUUUACCAGCAGUCCUGCAGACUACUCUCCAGAUAUCCAGUCCAAACUAGAUGAGAUGCAGGAGGGGUUCAAAAUGGGUCUGACUUUGGAGGGCACUGUUUUCUCUCUGGAUCAAGUGGACAGUCGAUGCUAAAGUCGGCAAGCAUUUGCGUUGAUGUAUAAACUCAAACAGAGAUUUUACAUUAAACUUUGUAUAAAGUAUAAACUUUAACAAAGCACUAGAACAGCGUGUACAAUUUAUUUUUAUACUGUACAAAACGAGCCUAGUGAGAUACAUGUACUUUUACUAAACAUUAAUUGAUCUGAAGUGUAUGAUUGAGGAACUGUUAGGAGAAGUCACAUGGGACCAGCCAUGACAGAGUUUGACAGAGCUUGAGAGGAUCUGCCAUAAAAUCCUAAUUCACGGAUGUGAAAAUCGCGUCACGGACCAUGAAAUGAGGCAUUUGACGUGAUAUAUGCAAUUUGCUGUAAAAUUUAGAAUGUAAGGUUUAUGUUUAGCGAUUUAACAUUAGCAUAUGAAAUAUGAGGUGCAAUAUGAGGCAGUCCUAGCAAUUAUACGGUAAUUAAGUUAGUGUAACAGACUUUUCUGUGGUGUAGUGCACUAACAAUGUUUGUUAUUUUGUCACUUUGGGGAUUCCACAGUCAGUGAAAAAGUGUGCUUCUCUACACACGUGAUCAUCUCUCUGUAGUCUGUGCUCAAAAGAACAGGGAGGGGUGUCAAAACAAACACAGUAUUUUUGUUUUAAGGUAGGCUGUGCUGUGUAUUGUAGCUUCCAUUUAUUCUAUCAUUUAAUUUAUAAAUGUUAUUUAAUGACUGCCAUGAAAUGUGGCACUUUUGUUUAAAAAUCCGUGAAUUUGUGAUUUUUGAAAAACGAGGUCCGUGAAAUUAAGCACAUUUUUCUAUGAAUUUAGUAGAACCCUAGCUGCCCAAAUCCAGGUGUGGAAAGCUUGUAGCGACCAAUCCAAGAAGACCUGUAGCUGUACUUGAUAUCAAAAGGGGUUUCAACAAAGUAUUAAAUGAAGGUUGUAAAUUUUUACAAACAUUUUAAAAACAUUUUCACAACAUCAUAAUAGGUGAUUAAGUUAGGCUUGAUGGGUAAAAUAGCAAUUAUAACCAUUGAAAAUCAAACCCACAACACAGUAAAGUGCACAAGGGGUCUAAAUGAUUUCUGAAUCCAGUUUAUGGUCAUAAUUGGUAAGCAUUUUAAUGCACCACAAGAGAAUUCUGAACUGUGUAAGUAUGUAGUGUGGAACUAUGCUGUUGCACUAAUUAGACACACUAGAUAUACUGGUUAUGUUAAGGUGUGUUUUGUAUUGAAUUUGUGUUUCUUUUAGUUCCAGAUUUUUAAAAAUAUAUUGGCUUUUCAAAAUUUAAAUUUGGGUUUCCACACUCAACUUUAAACCAAAAUUCUUAACGAGGAUUCUUUCAAGUCUGGUCCCAUGAUACUACAAGAAGAUUAUUAACAUACCUUCACUGUGUAAAUUCUUUUCUGGGCUUCAGGUUAGUCAUUGUAGUGUUUGGCAGAACACUGUACUUUAGUUGAAAAAAUACCAAGGGAUGCAGUAUUAGUAGUAGUUUUGAUGUAACUGGAGGGUCCAUAAACUGUUUUUAGAUUAAUUUUCCACUUAUUUUUUAGUCAUGUUUGCAUUUUCUACAGUAAUGCCUAAGUACACAAAAACAUCCUUCUUUAGCA